UUUCAACGAUCAAAAUCGUUUGUUGACUUCCCGCUUGACUUUACAUUCUCAUCGGCCAUGUUCUGAUCUGCGGAGUUAUCUUCUUUCUCUCUCCACGGCUACAUAGUUGAUAGCUGUGACCUGUGCGUGUAAAAUUAAGCAAGAAGCUAUGGAGUGGGAGAAACUGCAACCACCUCCACCGCCGACGGAUGAAUUGGGAAGUGGAGGGAUGUUUGUGAAAGUAAUGACGGACGAGCAAAUGGAAGUCCUCCGCAAGCAAAUCGCCGUCUACGCCACCAUUUGCGAUCAGCUCGUGGAUUUGCACAAAUCCAUCGCCUCCCAGCACGAUCUUUCAGGAGCCAGGCUGGGAAAUCUAUACUGUGACCCUUCUUUAGUGUCAGCUGGAGGCCACAAACUUGCUGGCAGACAGAGAUGGACCCCAACACCUGUGCAGCUUCAGACACUAGAGAGAAUAUUUGAGCAAGGAAAUGGCACUCCAACCAAGCAGAAGAUCAAAGAGAUAGCUGAUGAAUUGUCCCGUCACGGACAAAUCUCAGAGACAAAUGUUUACAAUUGGUUCCAAAACAGGCGUGCUCGUUCAAAAAGGAAACAACAGGUCACUGUUACAAACAAUGUUGAAUCAGAAGUGGAGGCUGAGGUUGAGUCACCACCAGAGGAUGAUGAUAAGAACACAACAAAACCAGAUGAUUUUCAGCAUUCUCUGAUCCCAACUUCAGAUGCCUGCUAUCAUAAUUCUGAGGUCAGCUCUGCUGUUCAUUCUGUCAGUUCAAAGACUGAUAAAGUUGAGUCUACCUUUGCCUCAGAGAGUUCUUCAAAACCUGCUGGAAGUUUUGAUCAAAUGUCCUUCUAUGGCUUGUCAAACCCAAGGAUGGAGCAAUUCAUAGGAAAGAUGGAAGUUUAUGAGAACUAUAACCCUUAUCUACAAGAGGAUGAUUACAAUAUAACUGGCUAAUACGCACAUUCUGCCACAACUGUGUUGUUUAACAGACAAGCCUGGCUGAUCUUAUGAAUCCAAUGGAGUUGGUCAUGACUUCGCUAGCAACAGUGUUUGCCCAUGGCUGCCAAUGCAGAUCAGUUUGUCUAUCUCAUGGAAGUAUAGAUAAAAUGAUACAUGUGUUAUUAUUUGAUAUGAACUACCUUGAAACCUGUAUAGCAAAUUGUGUUGUAUAGACCCGUUUGACUACCUUCAUUAUGGGGGUGACUUGGUAAAUUGCUCACGGUGAGAAAUUGUCACUAUGUUUUUUUGCAUUAAUUAUUGGUGUUAACUAAAUUAUUUGAUACUAUGAAUUCAUGUCUUGCGAGUUUGAAAUGCUGGAAUUAAGGUGUUGGUGAUGACUGACGAUGAAG